AUGUCAAAAGACGCAGGAAGAGCCCGGCUCUCAGUGCUGCUGUCCGUCCUGGCAACGCCACCGCCACUCACGGCCUCUGCCCGCAGGCGGCCGUACCUGGCAGAAGCGCCGAAGUACCAGACUCACAACCUGCAGCUGCAGGUGUCAGCCGAGCAGCUGGAGCAGGUGCAGGUGUCAGCCGAGCAGCUGGAGCAGGUGCAGGUGUCAGCCGAGCAGCUGGAGCAGGCGCGGGUGUCGGCCAAGCCGUGUGAGCAGGUGCAGGUGUCAGCUGAGCAGCUGGAGCAGGUCCAGGUAUCAGCCAAGCCGUGUGGGCAGGUGCAGGUGUCAGCCGAGCAGCUGGAGCAGGUGCGGGUGUCGGCCGAGCGGUGUGGGCAGGUGCGGGUGUCAGCCGAGCAGCUGGAGCAGGUGCAGGUAUCAGCCAAGCCAUGUGGGCAGGUGCAGGUGUCAGCCAAGCAGCUGGAGCAGGUGCGGGUGUCAGCCAAGCAGCUGGAGCAGGUGCGGGUGUCGGCCGAGCAGCUGGAGCAGGUGCGGGUGUCAGCCAAGCCGUGUGAGCAGGCCUGCGCCGUGAAGACGAGUCGUGAUAAAGCCCCGAGGAAAGCUCGGGGGUCCCGCUUUAUCCUAACGUUGCCUGCCCCCGGGGCCUUCUGCAUGCCGCUCUGCGAAUGUGCUGUGGAAACUUCCGGAAGGCCCUUCAGGGGAACCAGGGACUCUCUCCACACUUCACAGAGCAGCUGAAAGGCGUGACCGCUCCUUGAGCCGCCUGACGCCAAAGUCCCAGCGUGUCCUUUUUCCGAACCACGGGAGGCCACUCGACCACGCAGACACGCAGGGCCCUUGGCAGCCAGCGCAGAGGGGCCCGGCCUGGCGCCUGCGUGAACGCGCCGCUCGUGCUGACUGGUCUACGGCUGGGGCUGUGCGAGCUCCUAACCAACGUGCACGUGUGCACUAAGUUAAUUAUUAAAUCAGAGAGCUCAAGUCACUACCGUCGUAGCUCCACUCCCUGCUAAUCAAGUAGCCGGUCGUUAUGGGCCCCGGACUGCGUGC